AGCUUGCAUUGGUCAACUCCGGGGCUUAUAUCCCAGAAGCAGCGGCGGCCACUGCGGAGCCGGUGUGAGACGGCUGAACCGGACCGCGGGCCACUACAGGGCGCGGCGAGAUGGAGGUGACGGGGAUAUCGGCGCCCACCGUGACGGUUUUCAUCAGCAGUUCCCUCAACAGCUUCCGUUCGGAGAAGCGAUACAGUCGUAGCCUCACCAUCGCAGAGUUAAAGUGUAAACUGGAACUGGUGGUGGGCAGCCCUGCUUCCUGCAUGGAACUGGAGCUGUAUGGAGCUGACGACAAGUUCUACAGCAAGUUGGAUCAGGAGGAUGCACUGCUGGGCUCCUAUCCUGUGGAUGAUGGCUGCCGCAUCCACGUCAUUGACCACAGUGGUGUCCGGCUUGGAGAAUAUGAGGACGUGUCCAAAGUGGAGAAAUACGAGAUCUCACCAGAAGCCUACGAACGGAGACAGAACACAGUUCGAUCCUUCAUGAAACGCAGCAAGCUAGGCCCGUACAAUGAAGAACUCCGGGCCCAGCAAGAGGCAGAGGCUGCCCAGCGUCUCAGUGAGGAGAAGACCCAAGCCAGUGCCAUCUCUGUUGGGAGCCGUUGUGAGGUGCGGGCACCCGGCCAGUCCCUCCGCAGGGGCACUGUCAUGUAUGUAGGACUCACAGAUUUCAAACCAGGCUACUGGGUUGGUGUCCGAUAUGAUGAGCCGUUAGGAAAAAACGAUGGCAGUGUGAAUGGGAAACGCUACUUUGAAUGCCAGGCCAAGUAUGGUGCCUUUGUGAAGCCAUCAACUGUCACCGUGGGAGAUUUCCCAGAGGAGGACUACGGGUUGGAUGAGAUGUGACACUGACUGACAGGAGGUCCCGCCCCUUCCAGCCCGCCCCUGACACAGCCCCUCUGAAUGCCUGUGGCCCCUUUCCUCUGAGAUUUGUGUAUUAAAUUAUGCAGAAUCCA